AUGAAGCUGAACCAGGGACUGUCCAGGAAAGACCAGGAGCUGGAAUAUCAAGCCCAAGUCACACAGUCUUUGGAAUCAAAGCUGAAGAUACAAGAAGGACUGAUCGGCGAGAAGGACAGUGAGCUGAAAACAGUCAAAGUGACUCUGCAGAAGAAGGAGAAAGAACUAGAGGAGCACAUUAAGGCUCUGAAGGAGAUACGGCUCCUGUACAACACUGCUGUGAUGGACAAAGUCACGCUCAAGCAGGAACUCUCCAACUCCAAAAGACUCUCCAGAACAACUGCUCUGGAUGUCCCCAAACAAAACCAGCUGUCCCAGACUGAGAAGCAGCUCUACUCUGAGCUCCAGUCCAUCCAGAGGGAGGUGAACUGUCUCAACUCCAAGAAUAAGGAUUUGGAGUUUUCAGUCAAACAACAUGAGGACCAACGGUCACAGCAGAAAAGACUCUCCAUCACAGACAAGAACAAGUGGGCGUCCAGGCGUCACUACUAA